AUGGAGGGGGCGGAGUCGAUAUACGCCACUUAUCCUCCUCGGUUGACUGCAGCACAAGAGCAGUUUCUUGCUUCGACAAUCAAGAAUUGGACCAUCCAGAACGGGCUCACAGUCAGGCCGCCGACGACAUUUGUUUCCCAGGAAGCUGUUUCAAAAGGCGUUCUCGCAACGAAUGCGCCGGUCACGUUGUUCCCUAGUCCGUUCCCCAAGACGUCCUUUGAUGAAGCUAGAGCAGUACAGAAGACGUACAACAAGCUUUACGCGGAUAUCUCAAGAGACGAGAAUUGGCUGGGUGAAAUAAUCCAAGAGCUUAUCGAUGUUGACGACUUCAUUUCGGGUCUGUGGAAGGUUCAUGAUGCUGUUAAGAAGCAGGGUUAUGUUCAAUCCCUAUCGCUAGGUCUUUUUCGGUCUGACUAUAUGAUACAUACUUCUUCUGGAUCACAGAAUCCGUCCCUGAAGCAGGUAGAAUUCAACACUAUCUCAUCUUCUUUCGGUGGCUUGUCUUCUCGUGUUUCGGCCUUGCACUCAGAGUUACUGUCAUUCCCCUCUGGUCACCAGAUAAGCUAUCCUCCACAUCCAUUGUUUGAUGGAAGGGUUCCUCCUGAGAAUGCCGCUGUUGAAACUCUGAGUGCCGGGCUGGCAGCGGCGCACGGCGCUUAUGGAUCUUCGAAAUCCUCACCGUCACUUCCUUUGUGCAUUCUGUUUGUUGUUCAGGAAGGGGAGCGAAAUAUAUUUGACCAACUAGCUCUCUCGACAAGAAUUUCCAAUUUCCAUAAUAUUCCUGUGUUCCGACUGAACACCACCGAAAUCUUAGAUCUGACGUCCGUCACGGACUCGAAUUCUUCUCGACCUUUAAUAUAUACUCCACCUCACGCUCCGAAUACACCGUUCGAAGUGACAACAGUCUAUUUAAGGAGCUUCUACGCCCCAACAGACUACAAAUCAGAGCGAGACUGGGCAGCAAGACUGCACCUGGAGCGUUCCGCAGCCAUCAAAUGUCCUUCAGUGCUUAACCAACUCUCUGGCUGCAAAAAGAUCCAGCAGGUUCUUGCCGAUCCAAAUCGACAAGACCACCUUUCCAGAUUCCUUCCUCAAGGUGACUCAGACACCGCCGAGAGACUUCGUCGAACCUUUGCUCCACAAUACGACCUCGCUGCCAAUGGACGUGGCAGAGAACUCGCGCUCAACCCCGAAACAGCAGCAUUCCACGUCCUCAAGCCUCAGAGAGAAGGGGGAGGGAAUAACAUUUACAAGACCGCCAUUCCGGAAUUCCUUCGAUCGAUACCUGAAAGCGACUGGAAGAGUUGGGUCUUGAUGGAGUUGAUCCAACCUCCAGAAGAAGCCAGGAAUGUGGCUCUCCGCAGCGAUGGGGAAGUUAUCAGUGGACAUGUCAUUGGAGAACUAGGCAUUUUCGGCACUAUUUUGUGGUCUUCGAAUGGAGAGAUUCUUCAUAAUGAGGAAGGCGGAUGGUUGAUGCGGACAAAGGCGAAGGAAAGCGACGAGGGUGGUGUUGCAGCUGGUUUUUCGUCUCUUGAUAGUAUUAUUCUUUAUUAA